AUGAAUCUUUUUAUUUUUUUAACUAUAUCAUAUUUAACAAUUUUAAGUAAUAAUAGAAAUUUUAAUAAAUUAUUACUUAAUGUGAUAGUAUUUUUUGUAUUUAUACCAUCAUUAAUAUCAGUUCCAUCAAUUUAUCAUUUUGUAUGCCCAACAAAUCAAAUUUUUGUAUCAAGUUAUGUUGGUAAAGAUACAAUAAAAAUUUAUUGUGAUAGUAUAGAUUUUUGUUACUCAGAAAAUAGAUACAAAAAAAAAGGUAUUAAUUGUAAAUAUUUUGAGGAUGAGUAUGCAUGUGGUGGUAAAACUAUAUUUUUGGCUGAAAUUUUGAAAGAUUCUACUGAUAAUAGAAUUCACCAUACCUGUUGUUUAAAUAAAAAUCCAGCAUUUUAUGCUGUCAAUUGCCGUAUACAUGAAAUUCCUGAAGACCAGAUAAAAAAUUUUAACUUUAAUGGUAAAAUAAAUGAAAAUUCUAUGGAAUUUACUAGUAGUGAAGAGGUAAACUUGAAAAGUAAAAUUGAUUUUACUCCAUCCAUUGAAGGAGUAGAAUCUUAUCAAUUAUUUACAAUACCUUUUAAUCGCCUUAAAUACAAAAAAAAUCCAAAAUAUGUAGUUAAAUCUAUUCUUAAAACAAAUGAUUCAUUUAAAUUUACAUUAUGUUCAAUUUCAUGUUAUAAUAAGAGAAACACUUAUUUAAGAAAAAAUAAUUAUAGAAGGUUUUAUAAUUAG